AUGUCUAGCAGUGAAAGUUCGGAUACGGAAAUGAUCGAUCGUAAAAGAAAAAAAGGAUGUCCUGAAACAUGGAAGAGAAAUGAAAGGAAGAAAGCUCGUCUUCUUGGAAGCCAAUACACAACUAAAACUGGGAAAAUAGUCAGCAAAAGGGAGGUUAAAGCAGAUUGCACAUGUAAAAACAAAUGCAUGACUAAAUUUACGAUGGAAGAAAAAGAAGCUGUUUUGAGGGCAUUAUACGAGAAAGGUUCAAAAAACCAACAAGAUGUCUAUUUACAUGGGUUAAUGGAAUGUAAACCAGUCGUUAGGAAGCGACCAAAUAAAGAGGCCAGAGAAAAACUUAGGACAGCGAGUUUUUCUUAUUACAUACGAAAACCUUUAGAGAAACAACGUGUUUGCAAAACAGCCUUUCUUAAUCUACAUUCAAUCUCGAACUCUAGACUACAACGACUAAAUAGAUUGUUCGUGUCUCAGAGUUCACCUAGAGAUUUACGUGGUACGCAUAAUAAUCGACCUCAUACAUUACAACCUCAGGUUACUUCCAAAAUCCAUCAUCACAUUGAAUCGUUUCCACGAAGGACUUCUCACUACAGCUCUAAAGAAAUUCACUAUCUUGAUUCAAAUCUUAACGUUAAGACUAUGUAUAAUCUCUUUGUAAAAUUACACCCGGAAUUAACAAAGAUAGUUGAAUAUGAAUUUUACUUAAAAUUCUUUAAAGAGAAUUUUGCAUUAAAAUUCGGGAGGCCUCAAGUAGAUGUAUGUGGACAAUGCGAGGAAUUAACAACAAAACUUAAGGAUUCAAAUUUAAACGACAACGCUAAGAGAGUUGCUGCUGCCGAAUUAAUGGUUCAUAAGCGUCGAGCUAAAAAAUUUUACUCAAAGCUAAAGGAAGUCACUGAUCUGUGCCAUGAACGAGAAGAUGUUGGUGGAAUAGUUUUUGACUAUGUUCAAAAUAUGCCUCUGCCUGUUAUACCUGUCCAGGAAAUUUUUUAUUACAGGCAACUAUGGCUAUAUGGGUUUGAAAUACACGAUUUAAAAAAUGAUACUGGACAUUUUUAUACAUACCAUGAGGGACAAGCCGCGAAGGGACCCAAUGAGGCAUUUUUUACGAGAAUGGCUAAUUCUUACGAAAAAGAACAAGAAAGGUUACUACACCUAUUUGAGGAAGUUCCAACUCCUUCCGCAUCCGAGGUAGAAGAUGAUGAUCAAAGUCUACAAGGUGAUAAUUUAGAAACACUCGAGUAUGACACAAGGAUGUCCAAGAUCACGUUACCGUACAAGCAGCAACACGGGUGCCUUGCCUUAUUGGAAAAGAUGGUACGAGAUGGAAGAAACAUCUUGGAUUGA